AUGACACGUCCUCUCAAUCCAAUUGACUCACAUCGCGACUAUGUGAGCCAGCUUUACUUGAACGGUAUUUCGCGAAGAAAGAUCCAAUAUAAACUUCGAAAACACCAUCAUGUCGCCGUGGAUCUCAGCACGAUAUCUCGCCGAAUCUCAAGUUGGGAUCUCCCACGCCAGCAGGCUCGUACUCGAGAAAGCCCCGAGCUAGUGGAGGCCAUUCGCGACCUGAUUUUUCGUGUUGGGCUUAGCGAAAAGCAAACAUUGAGUGUUUUACAGAGACAGGGCUGGCCCAUCACAAAACGGGGCCUGAAGCGCAUCAGGCUUCACCCUGAUCGCCGUUGGGUGCGCAGACUCAACAGCGAUGAAGAGCGUCUCGCCUUGCUUGAGCAGACGGAGCAGGUCAUCGUCGAGAUGUCACAACGAUCGAAUGCCGUCUCAGGAUACGGAAAGAGCCUUCUUCAACCUUUUCUCCGUCAACAAAGACAACUCUGGGUGCCGAGAGAUCCCCUCUUUGCCCUGUACAAAGUUAUGUUCCCAAAUGAGGUUGAGAUCCGGAAAAGAAUGUUCCGAAGGAAGAAAGGGCAGUUUUUGGUGCCAGGUCCAAAUUACCAGUGGUGCAUCGAUAGCCAUGAUAAGCUCAAGCAGAACAUUAUCUGGUUUUAUGUUGGCCACUCUGCUGCGACUGCUUUAAGCGUCCUGAAGCAAUACUUGACGGCAGAUAGAGGCAAACUUGCCUUAGCUGCAGAUGGAAGGAUAGAGUGGAACGGGAGGGUCUUCCAGCAGGGUAAGCGUCUGAAAGACUCGUAUAAGGCUGCGCCAAGCACAAAGAACGUCAAGAUUGAGAAGUGGUGGGAAAGCAUGCUACAUGUCUCUUCACGACAGUGGGUGGAUUACUUUGGGGAACUCGCCAGAGAUGGUGACUUUGACAGCGCCAUGUUGGAGGAUCAAAUUGCCAUCUACGCCGUUUUCGAGGACGUCCUACGUCGUGAACUCUUUGACUUUGUGGAAACGUGGAACCUCCAUCGCAUUCGUCUUCAAAGGAAUCGGCCUCACGUAGUCCACGGACAACCUUGGAUGAAUUAUCACUACCCGGAUCCGUCGAAGGCAUGCAAUUGGGGCAUCCCGAUCGACCGCGCUGUUCUACAGCAACUACAGCGGCCGCUGGCCGAUAUCGAUAUCAGCACCUGCUUGGAGCCCGAGACCAAGGAUUGGUGCCGCCAAACCCUUACGGGGUUGGGUUAUGACAGCGCUGUCUCUGGGGCCUACCGAGAGGUUGACAUAUUGCGGCCACUUAAACGCUUCUACCUUGGACUUCGAGACAAGAUCAUUCAACAUAUCGAAAGCGGCCAACAGCCUAUCCUAGCUUAUCGCAAAGCGCCAAUAGGAGGCGUUUCUGAAUUCGUGAGCUUCGCCACCUGA